CGCGACUUGUUUUUUCGCCUUUUUCUCGAGGGCGAGAGGGAGGCAGUGACGUCGUCGAGGCAACGUUGAGCUCUUUCUGCUUCGUGGCGAGAGCGAGAAGGAGUUUUCUUGGGGCGGGGCCAGGAGGCCAGGCGCAGAGGCGCCCUUCCGUCCAUUACGCGGCGACGUGACUGGGACGUGACAAUGACGGACGGCGAAACUGACACAAGGUAAAGCCAAAAGAGAAAUGCAGUCGAUGACCCAGACGCGUCACGAGACAUCCCGAUGCAUGAACCGACGGUCAUAGGGGCACCUAUAGUAGGGGCACCAUUCUUGACGUAUGUGUUGUGUGCAGAUUGCUGGGUGCGUGCGGUGAUCGCAUCCACCCGCAGGAGCUGCUGUUCGACAGCGGGAAGUUUCAGGCGACUCACGAGGGCCAUGAGAACAUCGACGAAUAUCAACUCGGCGGCUAUCACCCCGUCAAGCCGGGGUGGGUGAAGCCACCACACACACUCGUUUCUCUUCCUCUGGUUGUAUGUCAUCCAUCGGUCUCUGUUGUGCGUUUGUGUACGUGUGUGUUGUUCCUCCCAGUCAGCUGUACAAUGAUCGCUACAGAACGUGCGCCAAGCUUGGCAACGGCCAAUACUCGACAGUGUGGCUCGCACUCGACACCAAGUGCGCUAUUAUCCGAGCUGCAUUGCUUUUUCUGAUAUCUCGUCGGCUUCUGGUGCUGUCUCCUGGCAGGUCGAAGCGGACCAAGAACGAGCGCCGUCGAUAUGUGGCCCUCAAGUUCGCCAGGAGCCACCGUGACUACGCCAUGGCUGCACAGGAUGAGGUAGGCUGGCUGACAUGAGCAGGUGCACCCAUCGCUCCCGUACCUCUGUUUGUCCUCACUGUGUUGUGUGCAGAUAGCGGUGGCUGAGACGGUUCGCCGUGCCCUCUUGAGCAGCAGCAGGCUGGAAUAUAAGAAGAAUCUGGAGGUAGGGUGACGCCACACACGCGGCGAAUGCUGCAUGGAACCAACCAUCAAUCAUUCGUGUUUGGUCAUUGGUGGAUCAAUCAGGAGAGUUUCCCCGAGUACGGCCGCACCGAGAGUCACAAGGUGCUGCUCAACUCAACACACGUCCUUCGCCUCGAGGACCGAUUCGUGCAUCACGGGCCACACGGCAAGCACCACGUCAUCGUAUUCGAGGUACGUUGUUGUGCACAGUGGAGACACAAAGGAAGAGACACACUCCCAAGCGUAUGUCUCUUUCAUGUGCAGCUGUUGGGCCCGAAUCUGCUUGAGUUGAUCCGUUUCUAUCAGAAGUGCCCCAAAGUACGAUGAAAGGAGAGAUGGCUAUGUGUACGUCUUCUCAGCACGUUUCGUGGCUUGCUUUGUGUGCAGAUGUUCUGUCCGCUGGAGGUGGUUCGCAAUGUCUCGUGUCAGCUCCUCAUUGGCCUCCACUUCCUGCACAGCUUCGCAUCGUAAGCAAACAGACAGACAUGGGACGGGGGUGCGAUUGAUCUUGCUGUCUCUGCCUAAUUGCAGCAUCCUGCACACUGACUUGAAGCCCGAGAACAUCCUCGUGUCGACGGCCACCUUCCUCAACGACAUCGACAAGGUGUUCAGGGACUUCCACCACGACAGCAAUGGGGACGACAGCAAAGCCAGUAGCGCCGUCUCGCCCAACAUUGACACAGAGGAGGGGCCGAAGGCCGAGGAGGCGCCCGCAGCCGCUGAUGAGCCCCCCAGGGGCUCGGCUGUGGCCAACGGGGUGCCGCAGCUCACGCUGCCGCCACCUGCCACGGCCAGCGCUGCGCCUGCUGCUCCUGUUGUAGCUCCUGUCGCUGCCCCUGUUCCGUCCCCGACAGACCUCAAGAGCAUCUUGGGGGCGCGAGGAAUCAAGGUAUGCACACACUCGAUUGCAGAAAAAGACUAUGGAGGCAGAUGUUGUGUGUUUCGGUUUGCAGGUGCCUGGUGAUGUGCCUGAGGAGGCUCUGUCGACUCUUGAUGAGUUCCGCAGCAUCGCAAAAGGGCAGAAGAAGGACAAGAAGAAAAGACGUGAGAUUGAUCAAUGCGUCAGCCAGACACACACACAUUGCACGCUCUGUUCCCCUCGGUCUUUCAGUUCGCGAGAAACUCAAGAAGAUGGGCGUUGAUGAUUGCAUCCUCGAUCUCGACCUGUCCGUCAUGCCCGGCACAGCCACCAACGAGGCCACGGCUGACAGCCCCGACGCCUCCACGGCUUCGCCCCUCACUGCUCGAGGCUUCAGGCAGCCCCAGCACAAGCACAAGAAGUCCACUCUCUUUCGACAAGCCGCAGCCGCCCAGAGGACCGCCGGGCGGAAGCAAGCAGACAUCGAGGAGAGGGAUGAAGCGGAGGAGCAGCAAGAGCAAGAGGGGCACGAUGACGAGAGCAGCCUGGCUGACCACCCUGCUGGCCCAGAGGAUGCUCCCGACACCGUUGUCCCACCAGCAGAGGAGUCCGUCACUGCUCAAGAGCCGCCUGACGUCGCCGAUGGAGUGUCGGAGGCCCCGCCUGCUGACGAAGAGGCCAGUCGACACAAUGGCGACGUCGAGGCCCCCGAGCAGGCACCAGACAACGAAGCGCUCGCCAGCAGCCAGGAAGGCGAGCAGGGUGCUGUGUCUCCUGAGGGCGAGGCAUCCGCCGUGGCCGUCCCAUUCAUCGCCCCUGACCAGCCAGAAGGCUCGGCCGACCGGCCCAGUGGCGCUGAGGCGGAUGCCGGUGGCGGUGAGGUGACAGCGACCGAGCAGAUGGCCGAUGACGUUGCCAGCCAGACGGUCGAGGGCACUCAGGCGGACGAGGACGAGGCAUCGCCAGGCAAGAGCAAGAGGAAGAAGAGGGGCCGCAGGGGAGGGGCCAAGAACAAGCGAAAGAACCAGGAAGGAGAAGAAAACGAGGGAGGCACGGACAGCCCGCCGGCCAGCGAGGCGCCACAGGACAGCGUUGCUGCUCUCGAACUGGAGCCGCCCAUCAGCGGCCCCGGCGAGACGGCAGUGCUGGUGGAGAUCGAAGGCCCCGAACCCGCCUCGGCCGCGCCCCAGACCAAGAAGAAGGACAAGAUGAGAGGCAAGGCUGCAGCCGCAGACAAGAGUGAAAACAAAGAGCCCGAGCAGGAGCAGGGAGAUCAGGAGGAGAGAGAGGUGGACAACGACGAUGCGGGUGAGGCAGACUCUGUGGACAUGGUGGUGGCUGAGCUGGACCGCGAGGCCGCCGAGGCACGCGAGGGCGGCAAGAGGAAGGGCAAGUCGCGGAAGAAAGGCAGAGGCAAGGAGGGCCGCAGGGGCGGCAAUGAUGGGGUAUCGCAUGGGGGGAACGGCAACGGUGGGGAUGCUGCGUGUGUGGACUUUGACGAGUCGGAGUUGCCAAGGGGCAAGGUGGACGUGCCGUACGUCAAGAAGGAGCUCAAGCCCUCACGCAGUGACCCCUCGCUGCUGACCACAUAUGAGGAGGAAUGGGAGCAAUCAUACGUCAAGUAGGGCAACACCACACACGAAUGAAUGUAUCACAUGGCCUUCGUUGUACGCUUCAGGCCUCCAUAUCAGCACUUCCAGCAGAUAUAUGACUGGGCCAUCAAGGUAGCCCAGGCUCGCGCCCGCAGUGACGCCAAGAACCUCCUGUACUACCCCAUCUUGCCACCCGAGGUCAACCACCCCGUGUACUUUGCCCCGGAGUACCUCCACAGCAGCAAGCGCGCGACGGCGGGGUGUGAGGUGCCGUGCUUCUACCCCACGCCGUAUGAGGUCCGCUAUCUGCCCAGCACGGUCCGACAUGACGUGACGAAGAAGAGCCUUGCUGACUACAGCAAGUGGUGAGAUUGCAUGACGGGCACGGCAGACGAAAUCUCGUAUUGAGAAGCGUGCUUACUGGUUGUGUGGUGGCAGUGUUGCUGACUGUCACAUCUUUCAUGACGACACUGCUGAGUUCAAGAUUGCUGACCUGGGUGGGUCAGGCACGGGAGAGAAAGAGCAGCACGCAUUUGUGCUGCGUCCUCUGUGUGUCUUCUUUGUGCAGGUAACUGCAUGUUGGAUUUGGGUAUGGAGAGGGAGGUCAUUCAGACCCGGCAAUACAGAGCACCGGAGGUACGGACAGACGCAACAGCCCCCUCGCUCAUGUCUCUGUUCAUGUCUGCAUGUGUGUCAUGUGUGGAUCUGUGGAUGCAGGCUGUGUUGCAGAUCCAGCCGUAUUCCUUCACCACGGACAUCUGGUCACUGGCCUGUGUCAUUUAUGAGCUCGUCACUGGUGAGCGGGUGGGUGGGUCGGUAGCACGCACAGCAGGAGGAUGCGGGUGCUGCUGUGUUGUGCAGGUGAGUUUCUGUUUGAGAUGCUGGAGUCUGAGGAUCCUGAGAAUGACGACCUCACGCACAUAGCACUGGUAUUCCUCGCCCAUGAGGCCUCUACUCAUUAUCGUCGUGGGUCCACAUUGUGUCCCUUCCUUCCAUCAAUGUUAGUUUAUCGAGACGUUGGGUCCGCUCCCGGAGGACAUAUACCAAAAAAGCGAGAAAUAUCAAGCAAGCUUCCUUCCGUCUCCCGCAACAGCCCUUAAUUCAUCCUCUCGCGUGUCUGUGCGUGUGUGUGUGCAGCGUUUCUAUCCAUUUCUGUCCGACAAGAAGAAGAACCCUGACAGAAGCAUCUCACGCAGACUCAGGGAAAUGUGAGCAUUGCUCCAAAUGAAGAGGACGCGCAGACACAUCUGCCUUGCCCAUUUGCUCAUUUCUGCGUGUUCAGUCGUAAGGAUUUGGGUGAGUUCGAGCGUCAGUUGCUGGUGCAGUUCCUGGAGCCCAUGCUGGAGUACGACCCCGCCAAGCGACACACGGCCGACAAACUGCUCGCAAACGACUUCUUCACACGCAGACUGCGCAUCGACAGCAUGGUCCCAUACUCAGAAAAAGUCGAAGAGGUAGGAAAACAUACCCACACACACACACACACACACGCACUUCAUUCAUAUCCCGGUUCGGGUCUCUGUCUGCACAGACGUGGAGCUACUGUCGGAGGUACGUCCAGCAGCACUCGUCCCCAUCUGACGCCCAGGAGCAUGCCGAGCACGAGAGAGAGGCCCUCGUGGCCGCCGAGAUGACCGCGUCUCUUCAUGACCACCAGCACGCAUCUCACUCGGCCAACGGACACCUCCAGCACGCACUCGGCCCCCGGGGCCCCUUCUAUAGCUAUCACGGCUACGAGACGGAGGGCACGCAGGCGAUGGCCUUCUUCGACCACAGUGAUCCCCGCGCCCGCAUCUACCAGACGGAGCAGGUGGACCACGCACGUGCGUGGCGUAUGCGGGAGGUGUCGGAGCUGGAGGUGUCCUAUGACCAGAUCCGCUACAUGGGGCGACCUGACCUGCUCGCACGCGACCACCUGGAUCCUGCGAUGCAUCUGGGGGACCCCAGCCUGUAUCAGCAUUACCAGCAGGCGAACAACCCCCUGCUGCAGGACUACGCCUACCAGCAGGCCAACUUCCACCACGUCAACAUGCUCCAAGACAUCGCACAGGCACAGAAGACCGAUGAGGCGCGCUACCGGUCGUCAGCCAGCGAGGCAAUGGCGCGCAGGGCGCUCUUCGAUCAGCACCGGCAGCAGAUCAUGGACAAGGUCGCCAAAGAGGACCUGCGGCGCUUCAGCGAGAAGCGACGGCAGCACGCCCAGAGGGACGAGGAGCAACUCGAAGCACUCGACGAAGAUGAGGAUGACGAGGACGCCGAGGCAUCCAAGGCCAAGGACAGGCGAAUUCUCUCGCGCACCAAGCAGACGCACCUCUCGCGUGUCGAUCUGCCCGCUCACGCGACCACCGGCCGUGCCCACCACUUCCAGAGGCGAUUCCAGAAGCGUCCACGUGACGACGACUCGGACGAGUGCGAGGAUGUCGAUGACGACGACCAGGAGGACGAGAGGGCGACCGCGGCCGCUCUCGUGUCGGAGGCAGCCGUGUCCCAGGCCAUCUUGGGAAUCGGAGCACAAGAUGAGCUGGACAGCGACGAGCCGACCGCCCCCGCUAAGUCGACAUUCACAGCACACGACGCAGGCAGGGGGCGCGCAACGAAGGCCAGGCCACACAGAACCGAGGUAAGAAGAGAGAAGAGGACAGUAAGGACUGCCAGCAUACUUGUCUCCCUGUCGGUGUGUGUCUCACCUCCAAACAGCUAACAGUGAGUGCAGUGGAGACCGACCUGUCGCCCGGCACGCAGCCCCCCACCCAGCAGAGCGCUCAGCAGCCCCAGUCCAUGAUGGAGAUUCACGCACGGGUGCAGUCGUUGCAGCAUCAGGUGGACCAUCUCUCCUCUCAAGUCGACAGGGAGAAGAGCAAAGAGGGCAGCCUCCGGACAAAGGAGCAUCUGCUGCGAAUCGAGAGGGAGAAGCGGGCGGACGACAAGCAGGGUGGCACCCGCAGCGGCCGCACCAAGCAGCAGCUCAUCCACCAGCAGAUGGCCACCGCCCCAACUGAGCAGCCCUCUGCAGGCCUGUCUGCCCAGCACACUGAGAGAGAGGACACACCAGAGACACUCAAGCAAAAUUUCCGUGCGUUUGCGGCGGGCCUGUCGCGCAAGAUGGGCCCCAGUCAGCGCGAUACGGCGGCAGCAGCAGCAGCCGCGGCCUCGGGUGUGGGCAAGACAGUGCAGCGUGACGUGAGGGCCGAUGUGGAGAAUAUGAGCCGUCAGUCGUCUGGCAACAGCAACCCUUUCCAGCUGGAGGAGUCAUUCUCUCGGGAGACGGGCCUCAGCCUCAGGGGCUCGGACAGGGAGAGGCUCAUGGCCACACAGGUACACGCAAGGCCUGCAUUGAGAUAACACUUCUGCCAGCGUCCUGUGCACACAUCCACCACUACUUGUCUGUAUGUAAAGGCUCGCCUUCCCUGCUUCAGUGGAGCCAAAGUGAGCAUUGCGACCACACGCCGUAAUGCAGCCGGACCGCACCCACAGCCCGAUCCGUCGCCCGCCUCUGCAGAAGCCGGGACCGACAACGGCCCCUCCUUCAAUGAGGAUGUCGACAAGGCGUCCGACCCUCCCCUCGAGCGUCCUAUCCCCUGUGUGCCGUCUCCCGAGAGCAUCGCCACUGAUGGUGAUGGAGACGACAGCGCGGCCGAGUCGAGCCAGCCGCCUGUUAUCGAGAGGGAGGGCGAUGCAGAGGGGGACGUCGACGGGGACGAGACGGCACUGUAUCACGAUGCUGAGGGCGGUGAGGGGCAGCAGGGGGAGGAUGAGGGUGUCGCGGAGGCUGCUGACGUGGAGGCUGCACCGUGUGAGGAUCUGCCGGAGGAUUGCGAGCAGAAAGAGGACAGUGGGGCUGAAUGCGAGGAGGGGGGUUCUCGUGCUCAUGAGAGGGCAGGUGGAGAGCAAGAGGAGGGUGACAAUGAGGCGGAGGAGGGCAUUGCUGACCCCGACGUUGCCGAAGCUUUGUCCGAAUUCGACUCCGGUAUGCAUGUAUACGACCGCACAUGGAUGGAUGGAUGGAUUCAUUGGGUUUGCAGAUUCUGAUGACGACGAUGACCUGCCUGUCCAAGAUGCCCGAGAUCUGCGUACUUUUGGUCCGUAAAGACAUAGAAGGGAUUUGCGUGCGUACAGGUCUCUUGUCUGUCUGUCUCCUUAGCUGGAUUCGUCUCUCAGGGAGCCAUGAGCUUCCUCCCUCCACAAAGGUGGGUGAGCGGGAAGGCCAUCAACCGAUCGAGGCACGCCACUCAUUGCCUCUCUCUCUGUCUCUCUGACCUGUGUCUGCAGCGUGAGUGAAUGGGCAGAGGUUGCCCCGGCUGUCUCGGACUCCGCCUGCCCCGCCGGUGAUCACGCCAUCGUGCAUCGCGGCAGCCCCACCCUUUUCCAGCACACACACUCAACAGAGCUGCCCUCAUCCACGUCAGGCAACGGCGAGGAUGCGCCCUCGACCACCACCACAACCAAGCGGGACGAAAGGCAGAAGGAGAGCUGAGUGAGACACAUGCUGCACAUGUGAUGGGUGCAAUUGGGCGGCGCUAUCAUGUGUGCCUGUCUGCAGCAUCGGGUGCCUGGGUGUAGUCGCUGAAUUGCUUCUUUGUGGGUGCGGCACAGACAAUGGGUGGAUUGCAAGGUGGGUAUUUGUUUGUUCGUGUGAGACUGCAUCAGAGAUACCGUGUGUGCGUGUGGGGGGGCGGCGCAUCCAUGUUGAUACGUGCGGAACGCAUGAGGGAUACACAGAGACAUCGGCUCGGCGACUGACUGAUAAUUGGCAAUAUCGAC